AUGGAUGCGGAGGAUGAUGCCACUGGACAGAUGAUCGAGGAUGAGGAGAUCUACGUUAACGGUGGAGAAGAUGGUGACGAUUCGAAGCGUCACAGACCAAUCAUAAGUGGCGAGCAACUGGAUAUCGAGGCGUACGCUGCGCUGUACACCGGACGCACGAAGAUCAGUCGGCUUAUGUUCAUCGCGGAGAAAUGCGGCAACGCUUCGAUGCAGUUAGAUGCCCUGAGGAUGGCUUACGACGAGAUUAAGAAGGGGGAGAACACGCAGCUGUUGAGAGAGGUUGUGGAGAAGAUUGAUGGGCGUUUGGGUCCCAAUUAUGGGCCGGAUAGUGCUUGGGCUGAUGUUGUGGACAGGCGGGCCGAGUUUAGGAAGGAGAAGCUCGAGAACGAGCUUAAUGCUUACAGGACAAAUUUGAUAAAAGAGAGCAUUCGAAUGGGAUACAAUGAUUUUGGAGAUUUUUACUUUGCACAUGAGAUGGGUCAGUUCACUCAUGUUACAAGCUAUGUUAGUAAGGCUGAGCAAAGUCAGGAUGCCUUGGAUCCCGUUAUAAUAGAAAAAUUACGUUGUGCUGCUGGAUUGGCUCUCCUAGAAGGCAAGAAGUACAAGCUUGCAGCUCGGAAGUUCCUGGAAACUGGACCUGAGCUGGGGAACAACUACACAGAAGUAAUUGCACCCCAAGAUGUUGCAACUUAUGGUGGUCUUUGUGCACUUGCAAGUUUUGACCGUGCAGAAUUGAAGAGCAAAGUCAUAGACAGCAUUAACUUCAGAAAUUUCUUGGAGUUGGUACCUGAAAUAAGGGAACUCAUUAAUGAUUUCUACACCAGCCAUUAUGCUUCCUGUCUGGAAUACCUAGGAAACCUUAAAGCAAAUUUAUUGCUCGACAUCCAUUUGCAUGACCACGUGGAGACCUUGUAUGAACAAAUUCGUAACAAAGCUCUCAUCCAGUACACACACCCAUUUGUCUCUGUUGAUCUGCACAUGAUGGCGAAUGCUUUCAACACGAGUGUUGCAAGCCUGGAGAAGGAGCUCGAAGCUCUGAUUACUAACAAUCAAAUACAGGCUCGAAUAGACUCACAUAACAAAAUUCUUUAUGCUCGACAUGCGGAUCAGAGGAAUGCUACAUUCCAGCGGGUCUUGCAGACUGGCAGUGAAUUUGAUCGGGAAGUACGAGCCAUGCUUCUGAGAGCAAAUCUUAUAAAAAAUGAGUUUAACCUCAAGGCGUCACGGAAGCACUAA